AUGGAGGAUGAGGAGGCAGGGGAUAUGCCGUUCCGAGAGGUGGUGGGAAGCCUGAUGUGGAUCGCCAACCAGACGAGGCCCGACAUCUCAAAUGCUGUGCGGGCAGUGGCGAGGCAAUCUCAUGAGCCAAAGAAAAGCCACUGGAAGGCGACCCAGAAGAUUCUGAGUUUUCUUCUGGAGACGGCACAUCAAGCUUUGAAGUACAAGCAGGAUGAUACGGUAGAAGUAGGCACGUUGGUGUACGUAGAUGCUGACUUCGCUAGCAAGGCCACUGACCGUAUAUCAGUUUCGGGGGCAUUACUUCUUGUAGCUGACUGUCUUGUUGCUUGGAUUUCUAGGACGCAGAAUUGUGUUUCAUUGUCGACGUCUGAAGCAGAGUAUAUUGCGAUGGGCGAUGGUGUGAAGGAAACUCUGCUUGUGAACGGAAUGCUAGAGUUCUUAAGGCCUAGUGAGAAACUUGGUAAGAUUCAGGCUGCCAUCGCUUCUGCAGGCCAAGUCGGGUGGGCGAGGCCAGGAUUAGUCGGGCCGUGCUGCGAGAGGCACGGCAGGUGCGGCGGGAUUUGUGUGUUCCACCGAGCAGCCACCAAGAGCUGCGUGGUCGUCAGGGAGGGCGACACUGCGGGAGGAGAGAGCAGCAGUAGGCCGGACGUGGAUGGCGCCCUGGUGCGGGCUGUUGAGGUCCCUGCUGAAGGUGCGGGUCGUGGGAGCAGAGGAGAGUAUCCGCUACUCCCGAGCCGGUUGCUAUAUCGGUUUGUCCCCAUUAAAAGGGCGUGUAGGAGGGGGCACGCGGAGGCGGUGGAGUUCUGCCGCCUGCACCCCAGCAGCAUGGAAGGAACACAAGACCGGGAGAUGGCCUGGAGGUAUACAACACCAAUGUCUGCUGGGGCGGGUCUGGAGACAAGGCCGGAGCGGGAAUGCCCGCGGGUUGUACCCGCAAGCACGGCAGUGGCCGUGGCUGCCUUCUACCAAGAGCGGGAAGGGGGCAGCGAACAUCAAGGCGCGUGGGGUACCGCGUGCACUCUACAUCAUCAGCUGGCGGGGCCCGGAAAUACGUAGCUGUGGGAUGGUGGAGUUCAAAGACACGAGAAAGCCGUCGUGUGCCUGUCUGCUACACCGCUACACCGAGGAACGUCGGGACGCCGAGGGACGUCGGGUGUGGGCGGGUGGGGAGGGAAGCAAAACGGACCAGCCGCGCGGUGGAUUUCCGCGGGCACUAUCUUCAUUUUGGUUGGUACCGGAAUGUGUUUUUUUUUGUUUUUGUUUUUUUUCUGAUUCUUUUGUAUGUGGCGUUUAGCAGUAAAGGGCGAUAACUUGUAUUGCACGUGAAUAGUCGCAAGUGAGGCGCUGUUGCGGACUUGCAUAGAUCGCUGUUAAUUGCUUGUUGAUAUCCAUGGGUGUUUCCGCCGCCACAUGCUCGAGUUUCACGCGUCACCGCUUGUUUUGUGUUCCCUGUGUGGCCUGUGUGGUUGCAGAAUAAGGGAGGGUGGCGCCGUGCGUGGGUUUUUUGUUUUGGAGAGUGUAAUGCUCGGAAAGUUUUGCGCCCGGCCUGUAGAUAUUCUGCAAUGUGACAGAGCUAUGGUCGUCCACUCAGGUCGUCCACUCAUGAUUGAGGUGGAAGUAUUCCGGUCUUGCAGUUAUUGGAUGACGGAGGGCGUUGCCUCUUGGGUGUUGUUGGACUCUAUUUACGGGAGGAGUUUGGUCGUGUUUCCACGAUGUUGCAUGUACCAUGUGUCUGAUUUGUUGAUUGAAUGCUGGACGAUCGCCACGUGUAUGUGCUUCUAGGCAACCAAGUGACUGAGUAGUCUGGUGAAUAAGACCAUGUAACGAGUAAGGAUACGCCGGGAGUUCGAAUCUCACCAGGCGUCGCCUUUGUUCAAGGAAUGAAGAAAGGAAAGCGCCUUUCCGAGAAGGGGAAAGCGACGCGCGUUGUUUGGCACACUAGAGAGGGCGUAUGAAGUCGUCCCCAACUACCAGGUAUGUGUUGCGUAAGGAAGGGCAUACGGCGUGUAGACUAUCAGUGUUAUUCGAGGAGCGGACAAUCGAUAUCAGGUGCAUUGUAGGUGGCUAUUUUGGCCAAGUUUGUCGACCUCACCACAAGGGUAGGGGCGUGGUUGAUGAUUUGUUUUUGUGCUGCGCAGGGAGGACCUUGUCGAGUCAGCCGAGCGUGGCGUAGAGAGCGAGCCGGGGGCGGUGGUAGAUAUUGUCUUGCCUUGAUGUUGCAGUACGGCCGUUGGAAUCUUUCGUGAUAUGAACGGCGUGAAGGCCUUGAGGUUUGUAAGGGGUUUUGAUCCGAUGGCGGGUUUCCCCUUGUUUCUGAUUUGCGUUGUUUUAGGUGCUUUUCGGAUGUACUCUUCGACGCACGAGUGGUGGUUAUUCACUGGCGUAAAGAACCAAGGGAGGGUGUUCGUGCGUGGAGGUAGAUUAGUCGGAUUGUACCAAAUCACUGGCGGUUUCGUGUACCGCAGAUGGGAUUGCCUUGAGGGGCGGCUAGGAGAGACGUUGAGAUACGAGUUGCGGGCCCCCUUUCCGACUGGCUUUGGGUCUGGCACUCUUCCUCCCUCCUUCUCCCUUAUGUCCCCCUACGAUGAUACAUGCCGUUAACAACACUCUUUGGACUCUGGAGGUCACACAACAAGGGCAUACC